CAGGCAGAGAGAGAGGAGGAAGCAGGCUCCAUGCUGAGCAGAGAGCCCGAUGAGGGGCUCAAUCCCAGGACCCUGAGAUCAUGACCUGAGCCGAAGGCAGAGGCUUUAACCCACUGAGACACCCCAGCGCCCCUUGAGCAUUUUUGUAGGGUGAUGAUGGGUGAAGAUUCUGCGUGAGAAUCAUUUUCGGAAUAUCCAUCAGAUCUAAGCUCUGUCUCCUUAACUCCGUAACCUUGCCCAGGCAGAAGAAGAGAUGACCACUUCCCAGGAACCUGUUACAUUCAAGGAUGUGGCCAUGGACUUCACCGAGGAGGGGUGGGGGCAACUAGACCCCACACAAAGGGCCCUGUACAAACAAGUGAUGCUGGAGCUCUAUGGCAACCUGGUCUUAGUGGGCAAGAAACUUUACGACUGUGCUGAGUAUGGGAAGAGCGUCCAUCGGAGCAUAGGUCUUCACUAUCAUCAGAGAAUUCACACUGGAGAGAAACCUUUCAUAUGUGAUACAUGUGAAAAAGGCUUCAGUUAUAACACAAAACUUUGUGUUCAUUGGAGAGUCCACACAGGAGAGAAACCUUUUAAGUGUGAAAAGUGUGGCAAGGGCUUCACUCAGAGCUCCAAUCUUCACAUCCAUCAGAGAGUCCACACUGGAGAAAAACCUUUCAUAUGUGAUACAUGUGGCAAAAGCUUUAGUUACAACACAAAUCUUCAUGCUCAUCGGAGAGUUCACACAGGAGAGAAACCUUUUAAGUGUGGGGAGUGUGGCAAGGGCUUCUAUCAGAGCGCUAAUCCUCACAUCCAUAAGAGUCCACACUGGAGAGAAACUCUACAAAUGUGGGAAGAAUCCUAUGAAAUGAAAUUGUGUGUCAGGCUCUGGACUGACCAUCUCCAUAGAAGGUUGGGUUGAUUCCAUCUCAAAGAGGAUUAUGUUGGACAUAACCCAUGAGUUACCCAGCACCAGUGACAAACAAGGUCUUCUUCCUGGGAAAGACACCUCUUACCUGGCAAAGGCCUUUCUAGGAUGAAAGCCUCCUGGGACUAAUUGAGCAUCUCCUCAUCCAUCUGUCAUGUCUCCAGGCUGCUGGAUGCCUCUACCAUGUAUUGUAGAAAUCUCCAGGUAAGGCAUCUUCAGAGUAGAUGUUGCUAGAAGAGACAGCUAAAGAAAGGGACUGCAUCAGGGUUUGUGGAAGGGAGUUAGAGUAGAGGAAAACAAGUCUGAAAGGGAAUGAUUAGAAGGAAAAGGAAAAUAACAGUGUCUAGGAGGGAGCUUUUGGGAUAGUGGGGGUGGAAAGCCCAGAAGUUUCUCUAAAGUCUCUAGCAAGUGUGGUGACCCCCCAGUACAGGGCCUUCCCUGGAAGUCUGAGCUGAGCAGAGAGUGGUCUAUAGUGGGUAGAUCUGGACCCCAUCAGUAUUAGGGCCAAUUGAGACCAGAGGUAGAAGAGCUGCUGGGAGGGGCCUUGGAAAGCAACUCCAUCAAGGCAACUCUUGAUCCUUUCAAGAGGCAUAAAUUAAUCAGAGACAGAGCCUGGGGCCUGGCAAUGAAGGGGGAAUACCUGGGCCAUUGGAGGUUAGGAAGAGGUCAAGGACCCAGUUUCAUCACUGAAUUGUGGAUAGGGAAGAGAAAUGCUUUGUCUGAAUCAUUCACUUAGGAGCGGUAUGUUCUGUAUGUACCCUAAGCAGCCAUUUCAAGGGGAAGGAUAUCUACAAUUAUUAGGCCUUUGGGGCUCUAGGAGGACUGUCAGCUGAGCUAUACAGAGACCAUCAGCUCACGCUGGGAGAGGGGCUUGGUAUGCCUGAGGGCUUUAAUGGCAACUGGCAUCUGAGAGGCACUCAAAUAUCACUGAAUGAAGGUACUAAUAAAAUUCUAACAACUCACAUUUUAUAUCAGUUUCUUUUCCUUCUUCCUCUUCCUUUUUCCUCUUUUUUUUGUUUUUAGAUUUAAAAGAUAUUUUAAGUAUGAAAUAUAUCAGGCGUACAGAAAAGUUCAGAAAACAUAAUGACUGUAAUAGUAUAUGAAAAUUUUUGCCAUAUUAGCAUCAGGUCUUUUUUUUUUUUUUAAGUAAGAAAAAACAUUUAAUAAAGCUUCAUGCUGUAUCACUCUGCUCAGAGUUAACAAUUAUGCAUAAGUUACUGUGUAUUUCUGUGUAUGCUUUGAGUUUAUUAUGUGUAUGUCCAUGGUAUCUUAUGUUUUUACAUAGAUAAUAUAAUUUGCAAUUUGCUUUAUACCCCAAACAUUAUAUUUUCGUGAUUUUUUUAUGCUGAUGUUUUAGAAUUAAUGGAUUUCAGCUCCUGUCAUCUUCUAUCAGAUAUUUUCAAUAGAUUAUUUGUAUACCCCUAUGACAACAAAACAUUUUCAAGUGCUUUAACUUUUAUGGAAAUUGUCCUAUUUAAAGCCCUUUAGGGUGCCUGGGUGGCUCAGU